GAAAAAUCACAACUUCUUUCAGAAAAUGCUCAUUAGUUCCCAAAGCUUCACCUCAACUCUCCCAACCAUGGUUCCUUCCUCCUCAGUCACCGUCGACCGAUAUGAUGAGAAAGUAUGUAGAGAAAUAUUUGCGAACCAGAAUCAGCCGAAUCAUCUUGUUCUUGUCUUGGCAGGACAAUCUUCAGAUGAGAAGCGGCAGAUUAAAGAGCUUUAUCGAGCUAUCCAUGGCGAAGAACUUGUCGAACUCCUUCUUAGGAUUAAGGAAGCCAAUCCAGAAAGUGAACCAGUUUACUUUGGGUUGUGGCUAUGGAUGAUGGAGCAGCCGGAGCGCGACGCAGUGGUGGCGAAGGAUGCCGUAGAACGGGGAAGUGCCGAUGACUACAAGGCGAUCGUCGAGAUCUAUGUGCGCAGAAAGUCGAGCCAUCUCUUUGCCAGCAAGCAGGCUUAUUUUGCUAAGUGCAGAAGUCAUAUGGACAAAGAUAUCCUUUCUGUGGAACCAGAACACCCGGGACCAAAGAUUCUUGCAGCUCUUGCAACUUCACAUAGAUCUCACCAUGACGAAGUGAUCAGCCAACACAUUGCCAAUUGUGAUGCUAAGAGAUUGAAUGAGGCAUUGAAGAAAAGUGAUGGAGGAAUGGAUGAAUCUUCUAUUAUAGAGAUCUUCAGCAAGAGAAGCUUACCGCAGCUGAGGCUGGCAUUCUCUUGUUACAGGCAUAUAUAUGGAAAUGAUUAUAUUGAGGCACUUGAAGAUAGAAGUGGGAACUUUGAAGACUCCCUCAGAGUUGUCAUACAAUGCAUGUGUACCCCUUACGAGUACUACUCUGAGAUGAUAUAUAUGAGUUUGGUCGCUGAGGUAGACAAGAAGGUGGUUUUGACAAGAGUGAUGAUAGGCAGUGUGGAGGUCGGCAUGAACAAGGUGAAGGAAGCAUUUCAAAUGAGGUAUAAGGUGAAGCUUGAAGAAGCCAUUGUUGAGAGAGUUCUUGAUGAUGACAACUACAGAGACUUUCUCGUGGCUUUAUCAAAUGCAUCAGGCUAAGUUUUUUUUAGGCUUAAUGAAACAUACAGUGUGGCAAUCUUUUUUGUUGAGUGGUUGAGAUAUAACAUUUAGCUUCUUGUAUGGUUUCAUAAAUUUUAUCAGAUCCAAUAUAAACUUCGACGCAAUUUCAACAUUUCUCC